AUGGUGACUCCGUCGUUGGACGAAGAAACAGCCAAGAAAGUCAUUCGACAGGUCGAGUUCUACUUCAGUGAUAGUAAUCUUCCUAGGGAUAAGUUUCUCAGCAACACCCUUAGUGAGAGUCAAGAUGGCAUGGUUAGUUUGGCUUUGAUAUGUUCAUUCUCUCGGAUGAGAAACCAUCUUGGUUUGGGGGAAGUGAAGUCAGAAGAUGUUGCAGAAGAUAGAGUGAAAGUUGUGGCUGAAACUUUAAGGACAUCUUCAUUCCUGAAAGUUUCUGAAGAUGGGAAGAAGGUUGGUAGGGCUACAGAACUUUUAAAUCCAGAGGAGGUAAGAGAGCAAUUAGAGGUGAAAACAAUAGUUGUUUCGCCACUGGAGUAUGAUGUGAAGCUUAAAGAUGUAGAGUCUCUCUUUUGUCAGUUUGGGAAGGUUAAUAGUGUGAGGCUGCCUCAUCAUGUUGCAGACAAAAGGUUAUUCUGUGGCACUGCUCUGGUUGAGUUCUCUACUGAGGAAGAUGCUGCAAAUAUUUUGAAGCAGAGCUUGGAUUAUACAGGUGUCAGAUUAGAGGUGAAACCAAAGAAGGAAUUUGAUGCAGAAAGAUCAAAGCAAACCAAAGAAGUUGAGAAUUCUCGGUCCCCGGUAGCUUCGAAUCGUAAAAACAAUUCCAAUGCAGAAGCAAAUUAUCCCAAAGGCUUAAUUGUUGCAUUUAAGUUGAAGAGGAUCUCAGCUGAAGGUUCUGCAGAAAAUUCAUGA